AUCUGAUUCUUUCCACUCUCCAGCCUGGCCCCAGGAUUCUCUGUUCCCUUAGAGUGUAAGAAGCUGCCAGAGGCCUGCCGCUGCCAGCUGGGAGAUGCGGAGGUCAGGGUGAAGAUCAGGCUGACUUUUAGAAUCAGGGCUAGAGUCAAGGCAAGAUGGUGGACUGGGACAGUAGCAAUGCCACCUUAGCCCCAUCCUCCCUGCCCAACAUCACCAUCCCGCACCGGUGCUUACUUCUCCUCUAUGAAGACAUUGGCACCUCCCGGGUGCGGUACUGGGACCUCGCGCUGCUAAUCCCCAACGUGCUGUUCCUUGCCUUCCUGCUCUGGAAGCUGCCGUCGGCUCGGGCCAAGAUGCGCGUCACCUCCAGCCCCAUCUUUACCACUUUCUACAUCCUGGUGUUUGUGGUGGCCCUGGUGGGUAUAGCCCGGGCUGUGGUCUCCAUGACAGUCAGCACUUCAGAUGCAGCCACGGUGGCCGAUAAGAUACUGUGGGAAAUCACUCGCUUUUUCCUUCUGGAUAUUGAAUUGAGUGUGAUCAUUCUGGGCCUGGCCUUUGGUCACCUGGAGAGUAAAUCCAGCAUCAAACGAGUCUUGGCCAUCACCACAGUUCUGUCCCUGGCCUACUCAGCCACUCAGGGGACCUUGGAGAUCCUGUACCCGGAUUCCCACCUCUCCGCCGAUGACUUCAAUAUCUAUGGGCAUGGUGGCCGCCACUUCUGGCUCGCCAGCUCCUGUUUCUUCUUCCUGGUCUACGCCCUGGUGGUUAUCCUCCCAAAGAUGCCUCUGAAAGACCGGAUCUCGCUGCCAUCCCGGAGGAGCUUCUAUAUUUACGCUGCGAUUCUGGCCCUGCUGAACCUGGUGCAGGGCCUGGGCAGUGCCCUGCUCUGUGUGGACAUUAUCGAGGGCCUCUGCUGUGUGGAUGUGACCACCUUCCUCUACUUCAGCUUCUUUGCCCCCCUCAUCUAUGUGGCCUUCCUCAAGGGCUUCUUUGGGGCGGAGCCCAAAAUCCUGUUCUCAUACAAAUGCCAAGUGGAUGAGGCUGAGGAGCCCGAUGUGCACCUGCCCCACCCCUAUGCCGUGGCCCGCCGGGAGGGACUGGAUGUGCCCGUGGGCUGUUACUCCAACACUCAGAUCGAUACGGCCGCCUAUUUGGACGAUGUGGCCUCCAUGCCCUGCCCCGUGGGCAGCAUCAACAGCACUGACAGUGAGCGCUGGAAGGCCAUCAACGCCUGAGCCCUCUCUCCCUGGGCCUCCACCUCCCCUUGCCCCAGAAAGGCUUUGAGGUCCAGCAGGAGUGGGGGCUUCACCUCCAAACUCCCUAGCUCCUUCCUCGCCACGACUAGCCCUAACCCCACUUGCAGGCAUUGAGCCCCAAAUCUGAUUACCUUCUCCCUGUCUUGGCCAUACUAGCUGUGGGCGGGCAUAACCACUUCCCAGGAUCCCCUGGGAGGGAAGGGGAGGCAAGGCGGAUGGAUGACCAGAAGUCAGGGAGAAUGCCAGCCGAUACAGGAUGUCUGCAGCGGGCCUGGUGUCUCCGUGCCAAUCAGAUGGCGUGGGAGUGUGUGGGAAGCCUUUGCUUGUAGGAGAGGAGAUGAAGCCGAGUAGGAAAAGAACCAUGACAGAAAGGGGGUAGGAGAUUGGGAGAGGGCAAAAGCCAGGUGAAGGGUAUAGGGAUCAUGGAGUAGAGGGCAGAGGCCUGGCAGAAGUCUAGGAGAGAGCUGGCCAAAGUGAAGAGGAGAAAAAAGCCAAGUGUAAGUGGAGGGCAAGUGGGAAGGAAGCCCAUUGCCCCUGGAGGCUUGAGUCUUCUGAGGACGAGCAGAGGAGGGGGCCUGUUGUAUAUAAAAGCCAGAGCUGGCUGGACUUGAGGCAACCUAUUUGGGGCAGGUCUCCCCAUGCUGCUAAACACAGGGAGAUUGGGUGGCUAAGACCUCCCAGAAAGCCUUGCCCUUUCAGACCUGAGGACUACACAGAAUAGGCCUUGGGUGGGGACUACAGGUGGCUGCUUUGUGGGGAGUAGAAAUAGAGGGGGCUGUGUCUUGAGGGAUUUCUUGACGUCUCUUCCAUUGAGAGAAGAAUCUAGCCAGCUCCUGACCCAGAAGAGCUAGUGGGAGUUGGUGUGUGUACGGGUGUGUUUCUGACAGAGAACUUCUUUGGGCAUACGCCCUGGCCUUCCAGGGCCCUUCUGGAGAUCAGCCCAGGUUUGGACCUCCCCUUUUCCCUGCUCUAAGGGACCCACGGUGUUGAUGGGGAUGCUCGGGCCUUGGUGAUGGAAGAGGUGCUCGUUAGAGGAAGAGCUUUUUGGGCCUGAGGGUUUAGAACCCGACUUGGUUAAAGCCAGGGCUCUCAUCCUGCCUGGGCAUUGUGUUGAGGUCAGAGUGAGGAGGGCAUGUACCAGGUUGGGGUCAGGCUCAGGGCUUUCCCUUCUAGCUUGAAUGGUUAUUUCCAAAUCUUUGCUGACCUCUUAGGGCUGGCUCUGCUCCUCUGAAGGGCCAGUUCAAGAGGCAUCUUUCCUACCUCUCCCCCCACCCCCAACCCCCAUCUCUGGUUAAGAAACCUGAGAUCCUGCUCGGUCUCUCCUCCCCACUGCCUAGAGGUGGCAGCUCAGCCUCUCAACCUGGGGGACCAUCUGCUCCCUAAGAAAGUACCCAGCCACCAUGGGCCUAAUCCCCCCAGCCUCCUUCCCCUACUGUCUGCCACAGCGUUCAGGCAGAAGGAUCUCUUGUAUAGAGCCGCUAUGUUGUGCAUAUUUUACUGUUCUUUCUUUGUUUUUAAAAGAAGAAUUAAGAAUAAGGGGGAAAACAGGCUUUGAAUGA